AUCACACUCAAAAGGGCCCAACCUCUGCGCCUACAUAUGUCCAAGAGUGGCCUUCUCAUGGACUCCAUGACGCUCAGCGGGCCAGCCUUGGCGCCCAUUGGCUUGCCCCUAGCAAGCAAGUUGGCCAAGGCAGUAGCCAUAGCGGUAGCCUCCUCACUAGCCUCGCCACAGUGGGGGCCAGCUUCCCAGCCUUGGCGAGCAGACUUGGCGACUUUUUUCGUUUGUCUUUCUGUCUCUUAGUAGUCAACCUGUCUAGUUGUUAACCUAUGCCCAGCGCAGCGGGCCCUUGA